AUGUUAAUUCCUUUUUUUCAAAAAUUGGAUAUUGGAAUUGUUGGAGUUAAUUUUGAAGAAUUUGAAUUAACAAAAUUAAAAGAAUAUAUGUCUUUGGCAAUGGAAAGACUUGAAGAGCGUAUUGGCCCUCAAAAAGAAGCUAAAAAUAUGCAAAAACGUUUAGAAAAAUUAAAAGAAAGUCUUCGAAAAGCAAUAAUUUUAGCAGCAAGGAAAGACGCUUGGUUAUUAAAUUCUCAGCAAAUGAUUGUCCAAAUGGGACAAGCUUUAUAUUCUUUUUAUAUUGAAUUAAUUGUUGGGGAACAAAUAAAUAAUGAAAAAGUAACUCCAGAAUUGGAUAUUAAAUUAAAAAAUAUUAAUGAAUUAGUUAAUAAAUUAAAUUCUAUUGAGGAAUGUUUACAGACAGAAGAAGAAAGAGAAGAAAAUAAUUCUCAUCAAUUAAAUAAUUCUUCCUCUUCUUCAAUUAAUUCUCCUCCACUUUUAACACCAUUACAAACCUCAUCACAAUCAUUUCAGUCAAAUUCUUCAAUUUCUCCCCCACCAAUUAUUGAAGCUCCUCCAGAUCCAAAACAACAAAAUAAUCGAUUAUUAAAUGUUCGUUCCCCACGUAUUACUCCAUUAAUGCCAGAAAUUUGUCGUCCAAUUUUUUCAAAAAAAUUUUUAGAAGAAAUUUCAUCUUCUCAAAUUUGUAAUAAUUUGGGAGAAAAUUUAAUUGAAGAAGAAAAUAUUUUAUUAAAAAAUUCAUUUCUAGAAGAAAUUGAUUUAAGAGAAAGACUUCCAAUAGAAGAAAAAAAUAAUAAUAUCCAAAUAUCUUUUAUAACAAUAAUUGAAUUAUUUAAAAUAAUUAAAUCAGCAACAGAAGAAAAAUUAUUAUUAAAUGGAAUUACUUUAAGAAAUAAAAAUGAAACAGAAAUUAGACAAGAAAAUAAUAAAUUAAAAGAAUUAUUGGCUGUUAAAAGGGAACAAGUUUCUUCUCUUCGGUCUGUUCUUCGUUCAAAUAAAAGUUCAACAGAAGGGGCAUUUAAUUGUUUAAAAGAAAAAUAUGAAUCAGAAAAUAAAUUAAAAGAUGAAACUUUGGAGAAUUUACGUUCCCAAUUAAAACUCUUUAAAGAAGAUGCUGCUACUUUUGCUUCUCAUAGAGCAAUGUUUACUGCUCGUACAGAAGACUUACAACAACAACUAGAAUCAGCACAAAAUUUAUUAAAAACGGCAGACGAGGAAAAGAAAACAUUAAAUCAAUUACUUAGAAUGAGUAUACAACAAAAAUUAAUGAUUACCCAAAGAAUGGAAGAAUUAGAAAUGACUGCGGAAAGACAAUAUCAACAAAGAACUCCAACUUCUACAGACCCCCAUCAUCAUCACCACCAACCACCAACACUAAAAAGAGGAGGAAUGUCUUCAGGAACAUCAAGAAGUGGGGGUGGUGGUGGUCAAGGAGGAGGUGGAGGAAUGACACGAACUGGCCUUCGACAGCAAACCAACAAAAUGGGGGAAUAAACAGAGGAAAACAAUAAAAUAUUUUUACAAAAAUAGCUCUGCCUCUCUUAUUAGAAAAAUGGUAAAGUAUGGAAAAACGACACGACGGGUGACAGAAACCAAAAAAGAACCUUUUUGUAAAGAAGGAAAUAUUAAAAAACCUUUUCAUAUA